AUGACAUCUGCAGUACCUGAAAUGGAAAGAAAAGAUACAAUUAGUUCAAAUACAUUAGAGAAAACUCAUGUGAGAGAAAGUAGUGAAAAUAUUAAAAGAAAUGAAGAAGAAUUUGAAUCAUCCAUUGAUGGUACGUUCAAUGAAUUUAAAAGGAGAGUCCAAAAAUUGAACUUUUCCGAGCUCAUUGUAGAUGAUGUUAUAGAAGAUGAUUGUUCAGGAAAGGAUAGAGAAUUAGAAAAGAAAUCUUUGAUAAAACAGGAAGAGAUUACUACUGAAACAGAAAGAGAACGAAGGGAAGAGACCGUACCACAAGUUUGUUUAAAGAAGGAUUCUAUUGGCCGGGUAUGGACUCUUGACAUUUCGUUGUGGGUGAGUCAGUGUGAUAGGUGCAUUCGUCAAAAGCUGAUGUUUGGUAGACCACCUAGAUUAGCAAUCGAUGCAUUUAUUGGUCUCAAACGUCAGCAUGUAAGCGGAACUUCUCCAUCUGAUUAUAUGCAGAAGCUAGAACAACAGCUUUGCGACGCAUAUCAAAGGGCUAACGAUGCAGCGAUCAGGAGUGGAGAACGGGGCAAGAAAUACAAUGAUCAAAAAGAUUGUAACAGCUGUUCAUCCUCUGCAGACAGAUAUCGACCUCCACACAGACGAGGACCAAAUGAACCCGGACUUCUUCCUCGCAGAAUACGACAGAAACCAGAAAGCACUAAGAAAAUAAUCUCAUGCAAAACAUCUGAGUGUCGACCAAAAUCUCAAGUACAGUGGUAUCUCCGAAAUAGUACGGGACAGGAUGAAAAUAACCUUACACAGUCAUCAACCCCAAUUUACAUUAAUGGUGAAUAUGGUCUCAAGUCUGUGGAGAAUCCCCCUGAUAAUUCACCAGUUAAAAAUGGAUCUGUUUCUAGCAAUAUUAUACAGGUCAUUGAGUCAGACACAGUCACAUUUGUUUGUUCGGAAUCAGGAGGAAACCCACUGGCAUCAUUGAACUGGAACUGUUUCGACAGUCAUGACUUAACAGUGAAAACCCAAGAGGUUAUCGUAUUAAGCACAGUUAAAUGGACGAAAUUGGACGAUUAUAGCACAUGUUUCUGUACGUCAAAUCACGUGUUAAGUAAUUUGAAAAGAACAGCAAACGUUACAGUGAAUGUACAAUGUGUAUGGACGAACAUGAUCCAGCUGACACCAACUCGAUUAUAUGCCGUAGAAAAUUCAAGUGCAACACUCACAUGUUCGAAAACAAAUGGAAUUAUUAGCGAAUCCAUUUGGUUUAACUCUCAGAUGUUUGGUGACGCAAAUCUAUAUUACUCAGAUGGACAAUGUGUAACGUCACGUUUUCUACGAGACAGUGAUUUAUUUAGUGGUGUUUGUAACAAUAACGGUACUUAUUCUGUUGUCCUAAAAAAGAUUGAUCGUACUCAACAUGGAGCUGAAUGGAUGUGUGUUGAGCUUUUAUCAAUGUCAAAUAAAGUCGUUAUAGAAGUGUCAGUCCCCGCUACAAGUGUUACAUUGAGUCAACAAAAUGGGGAAUACAUGAAGGAAAAUCAGGACAAAAAUAUCUCCUGCAUCACACCAGCAUGUCGACCAGAUCCUAGAGUACAAUGGUAUCUACGUAAUGGUAAUAACCAGAUCAUAUAUAAUGUGACACAGUUUUCAACCAACAGAUACGUUAAUAGUGAAUAUGGUCUCAGAGCCGUCAAUAGCGUACUACAUUUGAGACCAAAUAGAACUAUAAAUAACUUACGUCUGUAUUGUGAAGUGAGAACCCGAUUUGACAAGGCUGACAUAUUAAGCAGAGACGUCAUUGUUAAUGUUACAUAUCCCCCAGAUAUUUCACCUGUCAUACAUGGAGUUGAAACUAACGAUCCGUUAUCGGUCAUUGUGUCUGAUAAAGGCGCGUUUGUUUGUUCGGUUACCGGAGGAAACCCACUUGCAUCAUUGGAAUGGAACUGUUUCGACAGUCAGGACAUAACAAUGAAUACCCAAGAAAGCACCGUAACAAGCACAGUUAAAUGGACGGCAUUGCGCAAUUAUAGCACAUGUUCCUGUACGUCACAUCACACAUUAAGUAAUUGGAAAAGAAUAACAAACCUUACAGUUCAUGUACAAUUUCCUCCAACCAAACCACAUUUUAAAAUUGGACAAACAGAUGUAUUUGGCGUUGUUCGUGUUAUACAAAACAACACUCUGCGAGUUGCUUGCUACAGUGAAAGUAAUCCUUUAUCUAACUACACAUGGAUUGGUCCAGGGUUUUUUUCUGACAAAGGUGAUACGAUAGAAAUAACAAGCGUUAAACUUAGCAAUCAGGGGAAUUAUAAAUGCGUGGCGUCAAAUAGGAUGAUAAGAACGAAUGGUUCAUAUGAAGACGGGAGUCAUACGUCAUCAUUAAAUCUAACAGUAUUGUAUCCUCCAAGCAAACCAAAAUUUAAAUUUGAAAACUCCAGCGGACAGCUCAUUCAAUCAAAUAUAUUUUACGUAGUGAGAAAUGAUACGUUUUCCAUUUACUGCGAUGUCAAAGGAAAUCCUGAUCCUGACAUCAAAUGGGAUGAUAACAAAAGCAAUCCCAGAUUGAGUAUAUCUAACAUCUAUUUGGACAUUAAUAGUACAUGCAGAGCAACAAACUUGAUGAAAGAAUUUGCAAGUCAAAUAGAAAUAAUUUCAAAGUCGGAAGCACCUUUUUCAAUAAUUGUCCUUUAUCCUCCAGGGCCCCCUACAAUACACGUUUCAAAUGAUAAUGCGACAGCGUUCAGGUUCAAAAUGGAAAACGUCAGUAUUAUUGAAUCAGAAACAAUCAAUGUAAAAUGUUUUUCGACAAAUCCAGCUAUAGUGAAUGGUAUAGAUGACGUAAGUAUUGUUGAGGGAUCACAAUUGGAAACAGUAUGUCCUGUAGUAUAUGGCAAUCCUUCAACCUCUAUAGUAACAUGGUCCAGACAAGGUGAAGCAAGUCUAUCGAACAACAGACUGUUGUUUAUCAAGAACGUUUCAAGAGCAGACAAUGCAAUGUACACCUGUAGUGUAAUAACAGAAAUGUUUCCUACAAUUGGCACUGAUUUAAAAGCUGAAAGAAGAAACUCUUUUCACUUGAACGUUUUUUUUCCAUCAGAAAUAAACAAAUUUACGAUAUCUACGGUUAGCUCAGGUCGAACCUUUUUAGUUAAUGAAACUCAAAAGCCAUACUUUGAAUGCAUUGCUGAAGCCAAUCCUCCACCAGAUUUAAAAAUAAAGUCUCCAAGGGGUGAUUACAUUAUCGAGGUAUCACAGUCAAAUAUUGCUCGCCACACAUUUUUACGUAGUGCAACGUAUAAAGAUGCCGGAGAAUAUAUUUGUAGCGGAAGAAAUAACUACACAACGGACUCACCAUCACAGUCAAAGUUGAUUCUUAUAGUUAAAAGCCAACCAAGACCAUCCUCUGGCGACACAAGUGUUAUGAAAGUGGCAACAGUUCUGAACGUUGAUGUAACAUUACCAUUUAUAGCUUUGAAUUAUCUCGAUGAACCAAACAAAACAAUGUUCCGUUGGUUUAAGGACAAUGUUUCCAUUCCCGAUAAUGACAAUAAAUACUUGAUACAUUCAAAUGAUUUACAAACCAAUAUUACUAUAAAGAACACAACUCAACGCGAUUUAGGGCUUUAUAAAGUAGAUGUGGAAAAUUCAGUUGGAAUGUAUACUCAGUAUUAUGAAUUGAAAGCCACAGAUAAACCAGAGCGACCAAAGGACUUUAGUGUCAUGAACGAUUCAAUUACAGACACAAUGGUUACACUAGCAUGGAGUCCUGGUUUUAAUGGAGGAUUUCAACAAACAUUUGUAAUACUCUACAAAAUAAUGCAAGAACAUAUAUGGUUAAACAAAUCAAUAAAAGACAACGGUGAUUUCAAUAUGAAUUAUACUUUAAAUGACCUCUCAAGUCUACAAGAGUAUGAAAUAGAGAUGUUCGCAAGAAACAUAGAAGGACACUCGUUUCACACAAAUCGUCUUCAUUUCAAAACUAAAGCGACCAUUAAGAAGACGAAGGAAACUAUAGGAUCUUCAAACACGGGGGCAUUUGUUGGUGUUGGUGUCGGUGCAUCUGCUGUUACACUCGCAAUAGUUGCUGUGUCUUUUUUCGGAUACAAACGAUUUAGAAAUAUAAGAUCUUCACAACGUGAGAGUCCCAAACAAGGUGUUACUGCUGGGAGCCAUGUCUCAUCCAAUUACACAGAAUUGGAUGCAAGCAGGAGAGAAAUAAAUAAUUAUGAUGACUUCAAUGUAGCAUAUGAACAUCUGAACGCUUCAACCCGGGAGCCAAAUACUUACAUGGAGCUGAAAAAUACACAUGUACUGAAUGCUGACACUUCAGACUACGUUAAUAUAAGAAUAUGAACUAAAUUUAAAUUGAUUCAUGAAAUGUUUCUAAAUAGUUAAUUUUGUUUAGCGUAACAUUCAUAAAAUAUAGGCACGAACAGUUCGCAAAAUAUCAUAUUAUUAUAGUAACUGUUAUGUUUAGAUUCUAUGUGAAUUCAUGAUAAAUGUAUGCUGAAAUCAAUUGUGAAGAACACAUUAAAUGAAGUAUUUCACAGAAGAGUACAGAAAAGAAAACUGAUACUUAAACAAAUAAAGUUAUAUUGCGAAUCAUAUAUUAUAAAUAUUGUUGAAUGAAGAAUGGCUUUAGUUUUAAUUUGUAGUUCUAAGUAUCUAAUUUAUGUUUGUGAAUGGUACAUGUUGAUAUUAUAUUGAUAACAAUGUUGCUUAUAAUGGAAAAAUGGUUCAUACAUAUUUUUAUGGAACUUGAAGUGAUAGAAACUAUGAUUUGUACAUACUUAUUGUUAUAAUGUUGUAAUUGUUGUUGUUGUUUUUUGUUUGUGCCAUACUCUCGAAAGCCUACUGUGAAAACUUCUAAAGAACGUGCAGAUGCCUACUUCUGUUAUGGACAAGCUUUGUUAGACUUGGCUCGAAUGGAGAAUGGUGUGCUUGGAAACGUCUUUCAAACAUAUUAAAGGUCUAUGUCUAAAUAUUUUAUAAUUAUGAUAAAAAUAAUGCAAAUAAAGUUAUUGAAUUCUGAGUACUGUACCUUAUAUACCGUGAAGAACUGAAACACGCACACAUACUAUGUAUCGUUCCGAAACGUCAAUCAGAAGAAGGAGUACAUUGAUUGCUUAAAUUUACCACCCUUUCAUACCUUUAUAGUUGUUAUUAUUAACGGUUUAAAUGUAUGUUUAAGUUAUUCGUAUUAGUUAAACAAAAUUUAUAAUUAUUGAUACAUUGGGUAGAUCAAAUCCAAAAUACAGAUAUUUUUAUUAAAAUAAAUAAAGACACACUUGCAAUGUUUUUGUUUUUGUUCAUUCUAAUUUUGAAUCAUAGAAACGAUAUAAAUAUAAUUAAUUCUGAAUGAUAUAUUAACCUUUUCUAUAUGAACAUUUCCAUUUAAAUAUGUUUUUAUUGAAAUAGAUUUUAGCUAAGAGGGUAUUCUGAGCAGUGUUGAGCAAACUGCAUACAACAAUAUUGUUUUACCAAUUUUAUGCGAUAUUUCUAUCUAAUGUG